AAAGCCAUUCUGAAACUUUUUCAAAACAACUUGGAAGUUAAAACGUUUUUCAGCAGAUAUUGCAGUGUUUUCACCAGAAUGCGCUUAAAGUAUUGAUUGCAAUUAAGAUCUGCUUGAUUUAAUCAAACUGCGCUCCUCUUUGGAUGCUGGAACUACCUUACGCAGAUUUGCAGAAGCAACUUGACUGCAUUAACUGAUUUAACUCACAAGCAAGGUUCUCAGCAAUAUCGCAGUGCAACAAUACAGAGUUAUUGGAUCUGUUUGCACUGUUGGGCUCUUGGAGUCUAUUUCAGUAUUUCUUGCAAGUUUUCGGGUGUUAUCGCCCACGCUCGUCGAUCUCUCACAAUGGAUUUCUCCGAUCUCUACGGAAAAGGCUUCUUUUUAUUCCUCAUUGCCAUCAUAAGCGAAUUCACUGCAAUAUGCAGAGGCAGCCACCUGAACCAAGUAACUUGCGGGAGUUUGAUUAAAUUAAAAAACAAUGUCCACGAUGGACGGCUGCAUUCGCAUGAAGUGCGGUACGGAUCUGGAAGCGGCCAACAAUCUGUAACCGGAAUGAAAUCCAAGACCGACCAUAACAGCUACUGGGCUGUCAAAGGCGCUUUCGGAAAAUCGUGCGAAAGAGGGGAACCGAUCAGAUGUGGCUCUGUCAUCCGGCUGCAGCAUAUGGCAACGGGAAAAUUUCUCCAUAGUCACUUAUUCAGCUCUCCUUUGUCCAAUAAUCAAGAAGUCAGCGCUUUUGGAGAGGAGGAUAAAAAGAGUGAUACCGGUGACAACUGGAAAGUGGUUUGUGACGACGAUUUCUGGCCGCGGGACGGAGCAGUAGUGUUCCAGCACGCCGACACCAACCAUUACCUUCACAUGACUGGCAACACCUUUGGCCGUCCGAUCGCCGGUCAGUACGAAAUCUGUGGACAUUAUUCGGUGGGAUCAGGAACCUACUGGCAGGUGAUGGAAGGAGUGUAUAUUAAACCAUCCAGUUUGGAAGGGACCCUUGACCGACAAAGGCAUGAUGAGUUGUGAUUCUGCGAUGUUGCAAGCUGAUGACGUUUCGAAACGGUGAUUUCAAUCGUUAAAACUUAUGCGUAAGAGUUGCUGUAUUUCGAUGGUAAAAGAAAAUUUGGUUGUUGUUUGCUGUCAUUUUUGUUUUCACGCUUUUUACAUCAUCAUAUGUUUAUUACUUGAUGAAAUGGGAUGGCUUUUUGUUUUUUCGAGGUUUGUCACUUUCAUAUGCUGACUUUCCUUGAUUUACAAUAAUUACGGCGUGCAGUUUGUAAAACCGUAAAUAAACGGACAGAUGUUCAA